ACAGUACUUCAUUAUUUCAGGAAGGUACAGAAGAAUUUGUGAUGUGGGCAUACAACAACAUGGACCCGACGACCUUUCCUGGAUUCCACACCAACAGAGGCGCUCUUCCACUUGUGUUAAAUGAUGGUCAAGAACCGGACCUUCUAGGCAAUACUCAGUCAGUUCCAUUACCUCGAAAUAAAUGUGCCAGUAAUUGUCCGCCAACUUGGUACUCGCUUCCUAAUGGCCGUUGUAUAAAGAUCGUAACAUUCGGGUAUGACGUCACCGCUAACGACGGUGGCAUUUGUGCUGAUUACACUUUAGGCACCAAUGUGGCUCGAUUAUUCAUCCCACAAUCCGAUGACGAUCUGCAAUUUGGGUUGACUGUGUUUCCUUGGGCAACUGCGUACGCCAUAGGAUGGAAUUACGUGGGAUCCGUUCUUAGCGAUAGUGAAGGAAAUGCCGUAGAUCUUACUCAUUAUACAUCUCUAACAAGCGGGAUAAGCGGAAGUGACGAGUGUAUUUACAUUGAUAACAACGAGGUUAUAAAUUCUUGUACAAAUUCUAUUGGUUAUAUUUGCGAAGUUAAAUCAUGCGGAUGUCACUAAAAAUAUUGCAGCUACGGACUUUGCAAAAAAAAAACAAAAAAAAAAAACAUCAACAUAUCAGUGGCGGAUCCAUGAAUUCGAAAUAGAGGUAGAGGUGACGAUCCAAUUUAGGAUGUAAACUUGAGGGUCAUCUAAAUUUCUAACGUCCCAGACCUAAGUAUCUCAAUAAACCUAUCAAUUGAUUUAAAUGAAACUUUCUAUAAUAGUGUCAUGGUCCAAUGAAGGAAUGAGUAAAUGUUUUGUUUUGUUUUAUUUAGCAUCUCACAUAAAAACAAAAUUCAAUUUACAUCAUCAUAAAAACAGUACAAUAAAAUUUCAUUAAAAAUGCACGAUUACAUGAAUCAUAAUGAAUUUUGAUGACGAUCCGGAGCAGGGUGUGGAUAUGAGGACCAUUCAAUUGAAAACGUGCAGACCAGAUAUUUCAAAAACUGAUCAACUGAUCUGAAUGAAACUUUCUGGAAAGUUUAGCCAAGUUACAAGAAAGAAAUUAUUAAAUGUUGGUGACGAUCCAGAUUUAUGUGUGGAUUUGAGGGUCUUUAAAAAUUCUAACGUCCCAGACCUAAAUAUCUCAAACAACUUAUCAGUGGAUCUAGAUGAAAUUUUAAAGAAUACUACUCUGUUAUGGUCCAGUGAAGACUACAUUUGGUGACGAUCCGGAGUAGGGCGUGGAUAUGAGGACCAUUCAAAUGAAAACGUCCCAGACUAUACCAAAAACUGAUCCACUGAUCUGAAUGAAUUUUUUAGGAAAGUUUAACAAAGUUACAAGGGAGGAAGAAAUUAUUGAAUUUUGGUGACGAUCCACAGAUUCUGGUGUGAAUUUGAGGGUAAUUUAAAGUGCUAACGUCCCAGACCUAAAUAUCUCAAAACUCAACAAAGGAUCUAAAACUUUGUAGUCUGGUUUGGCAUGGUCCAAUAAAGAAAUGAUUAAAUUUUGGUGAU